CUGUGUUUCUCUUGGCUCACGUACGCUUUGGUGUUUUGGCCUCGUAAUGCGUCAUCACACGCCCAAGAGGCUUGGAGACAUGGACGCCUUUUUAUUAAAGUAAUGCCAUCGUCCUUGUGCCUGACAAUCACAUCCUCGACCUUGCAGCUUCUUACUUUAUCGAUACCCCCCUUACUGAUACCCUGAAAAAUCCCAUUGAUCAAUCGGAUCAAAGUCGAACAAAACGCACCCCCUGCUCUCAUUACCCAACAACAAACCCCUCCUCGACCAACUGGCAACGCCCCUCUAUCAAGUGAAGAUAUCCCGACUGUACACUACACCAUGCAGGACGUCCAGAAGUACCCGGCCCCCAACUCGCCAACGGUGCGCAUGAUGGUGCUGGAAACGGACGAGCCUCACCCCGACACCCACGUCACCAGGGGCAGCUUCGGCGAGAUCCUGCACGCCCACUUCCAACACGCCGGCGCCGAGCAUGAUCCGCCGCUGGGGAUCGACACCGACCAGGUCUUCGUCGUCGAGGACAAGGGCGGCAACGUCCCCAAGUUUGAGGACUUUGACGGCUACCAGGGCGUCCUGAUCACCGGGAGCAUGUACGACGCGCACGGCGACAACCCAUGGAUCCUCAAGCUUCUCGGCGUUCUCAAAGAACUAUGGGAGCGUCGUCCCGAUCUCCAUCUGAGCGGCGUGUGCUUCGGGCACCAGCUGCUCAACCGCAUGCUCGGCGCCGACGUUGCGCCCGCUCCCUCGCGGGACUGGGAACUCGGCCACUGCCAGAUCGACCUCUCGCCCGUCGGCAAGCGGCUCUUCCGCACCGACGACGACCACAUCUUCCUGCACCAGAUGCACGCGGACCAGGUCGUCGCGCCGCCGACGCACGAGAGCUCCAAGGGCCUGCUCAAGCCCGGCAUGAAAGUGGACGUCUGGGGCCACAGCGAGCACACCUGGGUGCAGGGCACCUACGUCAAGGGGAGGCUCUUCACGACGCAGGCGCACCUGGCCUUCAACGAGGACAUGGUCAAGAGGCAGAUCCAGAUGAGGGUCGAAAGCGGGGGGAUCCAGGACCUGGAGCACGCCGACCAGGCGUCUGAGACGGCGCACCUGGACCACGAUGGAGACCUGGUGGCCGCAGCCAUCUUGAGGUUCUUCCACGGCGACGACGACGACAUUGAAUAGACUGCUCUGCGCAGGCAAUGACACCUCUCAGCCAACCCUCACUCAUAUCUUAUCCGCUUUAUUUAAUGAUCAGAACAUGUUGAGCCAUUGCCUCGAGUUUCUGUAGUUAAACUCUACAAAUUCCAUCUCUAAUCAUUGUGAAGAUAUUACUUUUACUCUACAUCGCACCCCUCCUUUUACAGUGCAGUGAAGAGGAAGGUUGGACACGCAGUACUAUGGCGCCAAACAAUAUCAAAAAGACAUCCAAGUCCCGUCGGGUUCAACUUAUCACGAGCGCGGGAGUAAGGACGUCUGUAUACCGGCUUAGGCGAACUGCAAGGGAGUUGGUAUGCUCAAAUAACGGUUGUAUUACCUUUGAUAAAUCUCAUGAGGUGGUCGGAAUGGUGUAUGCAUCUUCUCUUAUUAUGGAUCUUGUUUCUCAGCUUAUAAGAAGGCAUCAAGAAGUUAAACCUGCCACGAAAUCCUCCUCAUAGGCGAAGUGCGUUUGUUAUGAUCAAGAUCCAAUGCCAAUCAUUGCUUGAAGACAUUCAUUCCUCUGGGCCUUCGGGCUGUCACUGGGCCCAUGUUCAAAUUGUCGGACCUAGCCUAUUUUCUCCCAGUUCAUCAACGCCCUCCCUGUCACUACUCACUAGAG